AUGAAGAAUACGCCAAAAGCACUUUCAUUUACUGUGCAAUCUCAGUGUUUGAAAACACGUGCACGUACAGGACUUAUGAAAUUACCCCAUUACACUGUAAAAACACCUGUAUUCAUGCCAGUAGGAACACAGGGAACUAUGAAAGGCAUACUACCAGAUCAACUUGAAGAGAUAGAUUGUGAAAUUAUACUGGGAAACACUUACCAUUUAGGGAAUAGACCUGGUGUUGAUGUACUUAAAAAGGCAGGAGGGCUUCAUAAAUUUAUGGGUUGGAAUAGAGCUCUUCUAACAGAUUCAGGAGGCUUCCAAAUGGUUUCCUUAUUGAAAUUAGCAGAAAUUACAGAAGAAGGAGUAAAAUUUAGAUCUCCCUAUGAUAACAGUGAAAUUAUGUUAACUCCAGAAAAAUCUAUUGAAAUUCAAAAUUGCAUAGGUGCAGAUAUUAUUAUGCAACUUGAUGAUGUUGUCCAAACAACAUUUCAAGACUAUGACAGAAUUAAAGAAGCCACUGAAAGAACAAGUAGAUGGCUGGACCGAUGCAUAAGUGCACAUCAGCGUCCUACUGAACAGAACAUAUUUCCUAUUGUACAAGGAUUGCUGAAUGCUGAUUUACGAAAGCAAAGUGCUGAGGAACAUAUGACUAAAGAUGUUAAUGGAUUUGCAAUUGGAGGAUUGAGUGGAGGUGAAGCAAAGGAUGAUUUUUGGCCGAUGGUCAGUCUGAGUACUGGGAUAUUAGAUAAUAAUAGACCACGCUACUUAAUGGGUGUAGGUUUAGCUGUUGAUUUGGUUGUCUGUGUAGCUUUGGGAGUAGAUAUGUUUGACUGUGUUUUCCCCACACGUACUGCUAGAUUUGGAUGUGCAUUAAUCAACAAAGGUCAACUGAAUUUAAAACAAAAGAUUUAUGAAAGUGAUUUGAAUCCAAUUGAUACAGAUUGUCUCUGUGAAACAUGCAAAAGAUAUACUAGGGCAUAUUUACAUUGUAUUGUUUCAUCAGAGACAGUUGCUUGUCACCUUAUAUCUGUCCAUAAUAUAUAUUUCCAGAUGCGGUUAAUGAGAACUAUGAGAGAAAAUAUUGAAAAAGGCACAUUCCCUGAGUUUGUCAAGCAAUUCAUGAAUGAAGUUUAUCCACAAAAAACUUUUCCAUCUUGGGUUGUUAACUCACUAAGUUCUGUAGGGAUCAGUUUAGAAUAA